AUGGCGCAACCCACGGAUUCCGAGUUUGUGACUAUAGUCUCAGAUGACGGAUUUGAAUUCAUUAUCCCUCGCAGCACAGCUUAUGUCUCAGAGACCUUACGCAUCCCGCUUUCUUCGACCAAUUACCCCGAGGGUCGCGAUGGUAAAUUUGUGUUAAAAGACUUCUCUGGCGUCAUCGUCGAAAAGAUCUGCGAAUACCUUUGCUACAAUGAAAAGCACAAGGACCAGGUCAAUGUGCCGGACAUGGAUAUUCCACCUGAGUUAUGCCUGGAGCUCCUGAUGGCUGCUGAUUUUUUGAAUACCUGA